AUGCAAUUCUUCCUCCCGGUCCUCGGUCUUCUGAGCACCCUUGCCAGCGCUGCACCAGUCGUCGAAUUGCAAACUAGACAAAGCGGCGCUGGUGGUAUCAUCUUCAAAGAUCAAAACUUCAAGGGCGAAUCUACUUUCAUCCCCGGUAACUCGUAUUGUACCGACGUAAACAACAUCUUCGGCAACUUCGAUGGCAAAGUGCGCAGUAUCAAGUCGCUGCCGGGUUACCAGUGCCAGUGGUACAUCGGCUACGGCUGCCCUGCCAACGGUGUCAAGCUCGACUGUGGCAGCAAGGAUGCGUACGUGAGCAAGGGAGACCUGAGCCCAACCUUCGACAGGAAGAUUCACAGCGUGUUUUGCACACCUAAGAAAUAG